AUGGAGGAAUUCAGCUGUCAGAAAGUGGCGACCAAGACAGGAUGGCCCAAAUGUAUUGGCAUUAACAAAAAAGACCCAUCAGAAUUCACAGGAUGUGAAGCACAGUCAGUUGUGAUUGUGCUGGACUCGGAUAAUUUGACUCAGCUAGCUUUCCAGCCUGUGAUUUUGGCUAUCAGCAGGGCUCAAUAUGAAGUUGCGCUUCUUGUUAAAGAAACCCUCAGGAAAGAUCGACUGUGGAUUCAAAACAUGGAAGAGAAGAAUGAAGAAAAAGUGAGAUUUGUGGUUCUGAAAAAAAUACUGAAGCGUGAGGAACUGGACAAAGAUACUUUCGGAUUCAGCCCAGAAUCGAAAACAUACUCGAGACAAACGACAGAAACCCUCGCCAGAAACACUGGCAAAAUUAGAACGAACUGGAAAGAUCUGGUGUGGCUGAGCCGGAAGUUGAGUGGUAAAAUUGACAAGGGCCAGACAACACUGGAAGACAUAUUCCUCAAACAGACUCCUCGCAUUGGAUUUCAGCUGGCACUCAUCUUGGAAAACACAGAUGUGAUAGCUGCAUUCGUUAAACAUUUAAGUGAAAAACCAACAGAAGAAACCACUACAAAAUCAUACAAAACCUCAACUGCACUUGAAAUUGUGCCCGCGGGAAGCCAGAAAGUUGGACCCAUUGACUUCAUUGCACGUGAGCUGGAAAAAAGGGGGGAACCAAUCAGAAAUCUCAGCAUCCUGUACUUUUGUCAUUUUUCACUUUGGAACUGUGCCGGAGAAAAGUAUUCUUCAGUAGAUCGACUGAAAUUCUACGUCGAACUGGCUAGGAAAUUUGGAUGUUUGGAACAUGAUUUGAGUCGAAUCUACGGUACUGAGACCUUGUUGACUCUGACAUUGAGAAAAAGAAUUUUGACAAAACAUAGAGCGGAGCGUGUGAGUUUGCUUCUUGAUAACGGUUUCCCCAUCCACAAACUUUUACAUCCGCACAACGGAUUGGACAAAAAUGCAUUUGAGACUGCAUUUUCUGACUCGGAUUUUGCCCUCAUCCGAACACUUCUUUCUGAUUCUGAAAUAGAGAGUGAAGCAAAGAAGAUGAAGACCGACAAAAUUUCGCAUAAUCCAAGAGCAGAACUGUUUUAUCACAAUUUUGCUUGUGUUCCGCGAACAUCGGCAACAAUGGAAUUAAUUAGAGAACAAUAUACAAAAUUCAUGGACUCAAAGUUAGAUGGUCGAGGCCUAUUACUGAAAGCUUGCAAAACCGUUUCUGCUGAUAACAUAAGUUGGGCUAGUGACCUGCUGAAACAAUUUGAUCACUUGCUAGAAAUUGAGAUGUGUCACAUCUAUCCGGGAAAUGUGACGCUGUUGACCACUCUUGUUGACGAUGGCAUCAAUUCUACAGAGUCCACGACCGGUAGGCCUACAUCAUUACAGUUUAUCUGUGAAGUAACAACUUCUGCAAAUCAAGUUCGCAAGCUUGAACUGAAAGAAUAA